CUGGGCUCCUUUUUCAAAGAGCUGAAGAGAAGUCGGACAAAUUUCUGCGGUCGUCUUCCUCUAAUCCCUGCCUAUCUGCAAAAAUACCUCAGUGGCUAACAUGAGAUUUAUGAAAAAAAAUCAUCAACUUCAGUCUUGUUUUCUUUAAAAUGGUUUGGAUUUGUUGGAAUGAGGAUUUUGUGUUUUGUUUUGUCACUGCCUGAGUGAAGAAACAGCUUUUUGCAUCUUAUUUUCUAAGUGAGUUUAAAAUCAUGUUUGCAAGUGACGGGAACUCAACUGAGGCCUUAAAUGGUUCCAUUGGAAACUCCUCUAUGGAGGAAACAGAGGAAGGGGAGCACCCUUUCCUGACGGAUGCUUGGCUCGUACCCCUCUUCUUCUCCCUCAUCAUGUUGGUGGGGCUGAUCGGGAACUCUCUGGUCAUUUAUGUAAUCUCCAAACACAGACAGAUGAGGACCGCCACUAACUUUUACAUUGCUAACUUGGCUGCGACUGACAUCAUUUUCCUGCUAUGCUGUGUGCCGUUCACUGCUACGUUAUACCCUCUGCCUGGCUGGAUAUUUGGAGACUUUAUGUGCAAAUCUGUUGCUUUUCUCCAACAGGUGACUGUACAGGCAACAUGCAUCACGCUCACGGCGAUGAGUGGAGACCGUUGUUAUGUGACUGUGUACCCCCUGAAAUCCCUUCACCAUCGGACCCCUCGUGUUGCAAUGAUUGUCAGCAUCUGUAUCUGGAUCGGUUCCUUCAUUCUUUCCAUACCAAUCUUCCUGUACCAGCGGCUUGAAGAUGGCUAUUGGUAUGGACCAAGAAAAUACUGCAUGGAGAGGUUCCCAUCAAAGACCCACGAGAAGGCUUUCAUCCUUUAUCAGUUCAUAGCAGUUUAUCUACUGCCUGUCCUUACCAUCUCCUUUUGUUAUUCCUUCAUGUUGAAGAGAGUCGGACAGGCCUCUGUAGAACCAGUGGAUAACAACCAUCAGGUCCACUUGCUCUCAGAGAGGACUAUCUCCAUUAGGAGCAAGAUUUCCAAAAUGGUAGUGGUCAUUGUUGUCCUUUUCACCAUCUGCUGGGGUCCCAUUCAGAUCUUUGUCCUCUUCCAGUCCUUCUAUCCCAACUUCAAGGCCAACUAUGCGACAUACAAGAUCAAAACAUGGGCUAACUGCAUGUCCUAUGCCAACUCCUCUAUUAACCCCAUUGUCUAUGGUUUUAUUGGAGCCAGCUUCCGCAAGUCUUUCAGGAAGACCUUCCCCUUCCUCUUCAGACACAAAGUGAGAGACAGUAGUGUCACCUCCCGCACAGCCAAUGCAGAAAUCAAGUUUGUUGCGACUGAGGAGAGCAACACUGAGAGAAAAUGAAUGCAGAUGGCAUAAAAUGUCUGCAAAGUUUUCUAUGCACAUCAACUUAUGCCAGCUGCCUCAUCUUUGAAGCCCAGGCUUCCUAUGUGUUGACGAGAUUACAGGGUUAAUAUUCUGAGGGAAUAAAAAUUGAGGGAAAGGCAGUUCUCAUCUGCUGAAUACAAACGUUCUCAUGAAUUAUUAUUGUUCUAAUUAAAAAUCAUGAGUCCAUCAUCUUCAGCACCACAGGUCCAAUGAGAGCCCAUAGAGUCAAGAAUCAUGGAUGGAAAAAUAAUUUUACUGGCCAUAAAUUGAACUGAGAGUAAUUUAGAUUAGAGCAUUGGGAACCAAGCAGAUUUUCUGCCAGCAUCGAUGUGUAGGAGCUUGCCUGAGAGGAUGUUGACUAAAUCAGUCAUAGCGAUUGUUGACUCAUCCAUUGUGUUUGACACAUUUGUGGCACCUCCCUGUGCACACUUCCUCAUGAACUGACCACUUCAAGCUUUUCUACAAGGGUUGUUUUUACAUCUUCUGAACAUUGCACCACAUGGCUCGACCUGAAGAGGUGUACUAAGAAAAUAUAGAUUUCUCUAUACAGUUUGCAGCACAGAAUAAUAUUAUAUGCUGCACCUGCACCUGAUUUUUACAGGACAGUCAAUGAGGAUUAGCAGAAAUGUGUGGACGGUGAUAAAUAUGAAGGGGAACAUUUCAUUAAUGUUACAAUAUUUGGUAGAUAUGUGAGCGCAUUAAAGGUUUAGGAUGAUAUCUCUCCCAAGCAUUAUAACAUAUUCAGUGUGCUGAAUAUUCAAUGAACAGCAUCCUCCUACAGGAUUUCUAUAAAUGUGCCCAUCAUUUUGAUUUAUUAAUUGGUGUAAUAAUGGCAAUAAAACACUUUUAAAGAGUAGAUUUAUUUAUCAUGUUAAGUGAGAAGGAAUCCGAUGUGGAAUUAUCUCAGAUUUUGUUUGCUAUAGCAUACGCAGCCAUGAAGCUUGCUUAAUUACUUUUGUCUUAUGCGGAAAUAGAUGUCUUACUAUUAGAAUUUGUGAAUGUUUUGACAAGUACAGCUAAGUAGCUAAAAGCUUUUCUUCAAGUGCUGUCUAUUUAACCUUGGCAUUAAUAAAUUAUUCAGCAUCCCUUAAGCAUGGUCUUGUUAGCUCAGUUAAUGCCUUAAUUAAUUCAUUUUUUUUGCAUUUGAAUCCGACUGUGAUAAAACAACUUUUCCUUUUUCAUUUUCUUCCUGUUCUAUCUUUCUUCCAUUUCAACUGCUAUAUAUUCAUUUAUCUGUUAAUUUAUGUAUUUAUUCAUUACUGGUGUUGUAGUUUAAUCAUAGCAUAAAUAGAAUACUCAUGGGAAGAGGCCAUAUUUUUUUCUGUUAUUGCUGAAUGUAGAAUUUGCUUCCCAUUGAAGAAUCUUCCAUUUCAGUGGAUAUUGCAUUUCGCAAUGUCUAUGUCAACAAAUGUUUCUUCAAAUGGUUCAUCAUUAAGAUAUAUGGAUUUGCAGAAAUAAAUUUGCCAGA